GAGACCCUGGGGGAAAGAGAGCGCGAGCGCGCUGAGCAGACAGCGGGAGAACGCCCGGAAGCCGGCCGAUGGGGAGCGAGUGCCCAGCGCCGGCUAGCACGACCGCCGCCCACACCGCGCCCGGCCUGUGAAGCCCAGGAUCCCCCCUGGGAGAGCCCCAUGAGGGCAGGAGAGUGAUGGAGAGUAUGCCCAGCUUCCUGAAGGACAGCCCAGCCUGGGAGAAGAUAGCCCCUGAGAACGGCAUUGUGGGACAGGAGCCCGGUACCCCACCACAGGAUGGCUUGCGCCAUGGGGCACUGUGCCUAGGAGAACCUGCUCCCUUUUGGAGGGGUGUCCUGAGCACUCCGGACUCCUGGCUCCCUCCUGGCUUCCUCCAAGGCCCCAAGGACACACUCUCGCUGGUGGAGGGUGAGGGUCCUCGGAAUGGGGAAAGGAAGUCCAGCUGGCUGGGCAGCAAGGAAGGACUGCGCUGGAAGGAAGCGAUGCUGGCCCAUCCACUGGCCUUCUGUGGGCCAGCAUGCCCACCUCGCUAUGGCCCCCUGAUACCUGAGCAUAGUGGUGGCCAUGCCAAGAGUGACCCUGUGGCCUUCCGGCCCUUGCACUGCCCUUUCCUGCUGGAGACCAAGAUUCUAGAGCGAGCUCCUUUCUGGGUUCCCACCUGCUUGCCGCCCUACCUAAUGUCCAGUUUGCCCCCAGAGCGUCCAUAUGACUGGCCUUUGGCUCCAACUCCCUGGGCAUACCCCGGGGGCCAGCCAAAAGUGCCCUCUGCCUUCAGCUUAGGCAGCAAGGGCUUUUACCACAAGGAUCCGAACAUCCUCAGGCCAUCAAAGGAGCCCUCGGCAGCACCAGAGUCUGGGUUGUUGGGCUUAGCCCCUGGUGGGCAUCUCCAGCGAGCCUGUGAGGCAGAUGUCCCCUCACUUCACCAGAGGGAUGGGGAGACAGGAGCUGGCAGGCAGCAGAAUCUCUGCCCACUUUUCUUGGGGUACCCAGACACUGUUCCUCGGACCCCAUGGCCGUCUUGUCCCCCAGAUCUAGUUCACACUCUUGGCAACAUUUGGGCUGGCCCAGGAAGUAAUAGCCUUGGGUACCAGCUGGGACCACCAGUAACGCCAAGGUGCCCAUCUCCUGGGCCUUCCACCCCUCCUGGGGGCUGUUGCUCAUCCCACCUACCUGCCAGAGAAGGGGAUCUUGGCCCUUGUAGGAAAUGCCAGGACAGCCCAGAGGGAGGCAGCAAUGGGCCAGGUGAAUCGAGUGAAGAAAGGAACAAGGCUGGCUCCAGGGCCUGUCCACCAAGCCAUCACACCAAGCUGAAGAAGACCUGGCUCACACGCCACUCAGAACAGUUUGAGUGCCCAGGUGGCUGCCCUGGGAAGGAAGAGAGCCCAGCUGCUGGGAUCCGAGCACUCAAGAGGGCAGGCAGUCCAGAGGUCCAGGGAGCAGCCAGGGGCCCAGCUCCCAAACGCCCAUCCUACCCUUUCCCAGGCACUGGGAGGCAGAGGGCCAGGGCUUGGCAGGAGGUACCAGACACAUCCACAGGAAGCAAGGCGGCGGAGGCAGAGCAACAAGAGGAGCAGAAAGGACCCCAAGAAGGCAGGACUAGCCUCCAGGAAUCCAGGCUUGUGGAUACAUCUUGCCAGGCUCACUUGGCAGGUAUCACUCAGUGCCAAAGCUGUGCCCAGGCAGCAGCUGGAGACGUAGGAGUACUGACCAGCCACUGCCAGCAAUCACAUAGGUUGCCCGUGGAACGGAAGCCGUUGGAGGAGGAGGAGGAUUCCUCUGCCAGCUCCGAGGACGGAGGAGGAUCUGGCCCGGAAGCGCCCCUCAACAAGGGCCUGGCCAAGCACCUGCUGAGUGGUUUGGGUGACCGGCUCUGCCGCCUGCUGCGGAGGGAGCGGGAGGCCCUUGCCUGGGCACAGCGUGAAGGCCAGGGGCCAGCCAUGACAGAGGACAGCCCAGGCAUUCCCCACUGCUGCAGCCGUUGCCACCAUGGACUCUUCAACACCCACUGGAGAUGCUCUCACUGCAGUCACCGGCUAUGCGUAGCCUGUGGUCGCAUAGCCGGAGCUGGGAAGAACAGGGAGAAGGCAGGCUCCCGGGAGCAGCACACGGAGGACUGUGCCCAGGAGGCUGGGCAUGCUGCCUGUUCCCUGAUUCUGACCCAGUUUGUCUCCAGCCAGGCACUGGCAGAACUGAGCACUGUGAUGCACCAAGUCUGGGCCAAGUUUGACAUUCGGGGACACUGUUUCUGCCAAGCUGAUGCCCGUGUGUGGGCCCCUGGGGACGGGGGUCAGCAGCAGAAGGAACCAACAGAGAAAACUCCCCCAGCUCCACAACCUACCUGCAAUGGAGAUUCCAAUAGGACCAAGGACAUCAAAGAAGAGACCCCAGACUCCACUGAGACUACAGCGGAGGACCGUGCUGGCCGAUCUCCCCUUCCUUGCCCUUCUCUCUGUGAGCUGCUAGCCUCUACAGCUGUCAAACUCUGCCUGGGGCAUGAGCGGAUUCACAUGGCCUUUGCCCCUGUCACCCCAGCUCUGCCCAGUGAUGACCGUAUCACCAACAUCCUGGAUAGCAUUAUUGCGCAGGUAGUAGAACGGAAGAUCCAAGAAAAAACCCUGGGGCCAGGCCUUCGAGCAGGGCCAGGCUUACGCAAGGGCCUGAGCCUGCCCCUGUCACCAGUACGAACCCGGCUUUCCCCUCCUGGGGCUUUGCUGUGGCUACAGGAGCCCAGGCCUAAGCAUGGCUUUCACCUCUUCCAGGAACACUGGCGGCAGGGCCAGCCCGUGUUAGUGUCAGGCAUCCAGAAGACACUGAGAGUUAGCCUGUGGGGAAUGGACGCUCUUGGGACACUUGGUGGCCAGGUGCAGACACUGACUGCCCUCGGGCCUCCCCAGCCCACAAGCCUGGACAGCACUGCAUUCUGGGAAGGAUUCUCUCACCCUGAGACACGUCCAAAGAUAGAUGAGGGCUCUGUCCUCCUGCUACACCGAACCCUGGGGGAUAAGGACACUAGCAGGGUGGAGAACCUUGCCUCCAGCCUUCCACUCCCAGAAUACUGUGCCCACCAAGGGAAACUCAACCUGGCUUCCUACCUCCCCCUGGGCCUCACCCUGCAUGCCCUGGAGCCCCAGCUCUGGGCGGCCUAUGGUGUGAGCCCACACCGUGGACACCUGGGGACCAAGAACUUAUGUGUAGAGGUGUCUGACUUGAUCAGUAUCCUGGUGCAUGCCGAGGCACAGCUGCCUUCCUGGUACCGAGCACAGAAAGAUUUCCUCUCAGGCCUGGAUGGAGAAGGGCUCUGGUCUCCGGGUAGCCAGGCCAGCACUGUGUGGCACGUGUUCCGGGCCCAAGAUGCCCAGCGCAUCCGUCGCUUUCUCCAGAUGGUGUGCCCAGCUGGAGCAGGAACCUUGGAGCCUGGUGCCCCAGGCAGCUGCUACUUGGAUGCAGGAUUGCGACGUCGUCUAAGAGAGGAGUGGGGUGUGAGCUGCUGGACCCUGCUACAGGCUCCUGGGGAGGCAGUGCUGGUGCCUGCAGGGGCACCCCAUCAGGUGCAGGGCCUGGUGAGCACAAUCAGCGUCACUCAGCACUUUCUAUCUCCUGAGACCUCUGCCCUCUCUGCUCAGCUCUGCCACCAGGGAGCCAGCCUGCCCCCUGACCACCGUAUGCUUUAUGCCCAGAUGGACCGGGCUGUGUUCCAAGCAGUGAAGGUGGCCGUGGGAACAUUACAGGAAGCUAAAUAGGGGAUCCUGGUGCCUGGAGGGGCAGUGGGCAGGAGCUCAGUCUGCAGUUAAUCUCAACAGGGAAUGGUACUGGGGAACUCAGAGGGCGUGGUUCGUUCUACAGUUAUCACUUUGGGCACAAGCGGGGAACCCUGUUCCUCGCCCUGGCCCUGGCCCUAAAGGGAACAACUAUAGUGCCACUAAAGCUUACACCUGCACCGCCAUGGCUUCCCUCUCCAUGGUAUCAGGUUCAUACCAGGGGUGAAUGACUCCUUCCAACCCCCCUGCACUCCACUCCAGGGCAUGAACCCCCUUCCUUGGGGAAGCUUGGGAAUUGUUUUGGCUUAAGCAACCCUCCCUUCUGCUGCCUCGUCCUGUGUUGUCCCUGUGUCCCCAGCUCUGCUACAGCUCACUACAAUGCACACGAAGCCCUUCCGACUGUAGGUCUGCCGCACUGGGGGCCACAGAACUCUUCCCUUAGAAGAGCUGUGGAGUUGGGGAGGCGAUCACCUCAGUGAGUGCCCCACACUGGCUGGAGGGAAUGACAUGGCCCUGCGUCUACCUCCCUCCUUCCCAGUCUCGAUUCAAAUCGGUUGUUUGGUGACCCGCUGCCAGCAGAGUCGGCUUUCCUCUGCCGGCCAUGUGGCUGGGGAAGGAAGGCAAACACAGAAAUCUGCUCCAGAGCCCGGGUCAGUGGACAGGAUGAGCAGGGACUGGGGGCCUGGUGACAGAGACCUCAAAUACCACUGCCAGAUCUUUGGGAGGCCUGAACCCCUGGAGCUUUCUGGGGACUGAAGAUACUCCUGACUGACAUCUGGAAAGGCCAAGUUCUAGGGUGCCGCACUGACAAGGCCUCCCCGGGUGGCAUCAGCCUGUGGAGAUUAUAGAACCCCGUGCCUCUGUUCCCACCUCUCCUGUGUGUUCUGACCUGGAGGGACAUCCAGGACAGCACUGCUCAACCCUCUUGGUGUCCAGGUCCCUGGGACAGAGCCUCACUGCCUCAGACAGCUGACCCUACCCCAAGGCCCUUCUGAUAACGCUUUGCUUUCCUACCUCUUCCCCUGUGUAUCUCAACUGCACAAAUGCGCCAGCUCUUGUUAUACUUAACAGUUCCUGCUGUGGUUUGGGGAUUUUUUUUUAAUUAAAUAAAAGUUUUUA